ACAGACAGACUGGAAGGCAGUCAGACAGACACCGGGUUAUCCUCGCUUCCGUCAUUUCCUGCUUUAUUUUGAAACUGUGCCCCGUCAGCCGGUGACAUGUGUCACAGCAGGUAACUUGACAGCUGUUCUUAAGGCUCGGUUCGGCUUGUCUGCGCUCAGGCCGAUUAAAAUCCACUUUAAGUGAACCCGUUGAAGGACUUUAUUGACUUUUAAACCUGUAACUCGGUUUCAAUCUGGAUUUUAUACUCGCUGGAGAGACUCCAGAUGACUGAUGGAAGAAAACGGUUCGUUCAGAUGUGCAGCAGGUCAUUUGCUCUGAAGGCUGCUGGCCAACUCCCUCUGCUGGCCAGUGUGGGAGCUGCAGCUAAUCAUCCUGCAGGUGGCGCUCAGGCUCUUGCAUGGCCACAGGCGUAAACUACUGGAGCUCCUAUGAACCGGGUUACCAGGUGAAAGAGUGCGGGUGGGACGGCGAGCACGAGUCCAGCAGCGAGGAGGGAGGAGGUGGAGGAGGGGUCUCAUGGGAAACUCAAGCCAUGGAGGUCAAAGGUCAACUCAUCUCUGUACCUGACCCCCUCAGCUGCCCUGACAGGAAGCAAAGGGUGGAGCAAAUGGCAGAGCUUCAGGAGAGGAGGCGGAGCCUGCAGGUGCUGCUGAGUACACGAUUGGCUGAACUGAGAUGCAUCUGUCUGCAGGAGGCAGAGCUGACAGGUGCAGUGCCAUGUGAUUUUCCUCUGGAGGCGGGGGAAAAACCCCCGUGUGUCCCCCGAAGAGCAGGGACAUCUCACCCCAGAAUGAGGAAGUGUAGAGCAGAGGAGGAAGAAGCUCAUCGAUCCAAACUGAAGAAAACUUUAUUUAGCGGCGCUCUGAGGAAACACAGUGACUCUGAACACAACACACAAACACAUCACGGCAAGAGGACAGUGCACCGAGGCUGCCACACGGAUGAUGCAGUGAAAUCAGAGAGCAGUUCGAUGUCCGACUCAACAGGACACGACAACGAUGACACUGUGUUUCAAUCUCGCCCCCCGCUGGUAGCUGCUGACUCUCCGGUGGAGUUUUAUUACCAGAACAAAAACAGGAACAGGGCGGAGCAUCCACAGACUCUCCAAAAUCAGAAGCUCCUCCCCCUCCCUGCCUCCCAUUCCCCCCCUCACCCCCUCAAGCCGCCUCCUCACUCCCGUGACAGCUCCUCUUCCUCCGCUCCCAGUGAACCAGGUGUCACAGGGGAGAGUGGAGCGAGGAGCAGUGGCUUUCCCAUGGUGCAGCAUGGUGGCAUCGCCCUCGACUGCGUGGCCUCCUCAGAGGAGGAGGGGGGAUCGGUGCAGCAGGGGGCAUUGUGGGUAAAUGGUGUAUCUUCCUACAGAGGAACAAAUGCUGCUGCGCCGUUGCAGAACUCUGAGGCGCCGAUGGACGGAAGGACGAGGAUGAGUAACGGGCACGCAGACGGAGGCGGAAGGGGGGGAGGGGGGCGAGGAGGGAGGGGCGGGUACAGCGACGUCCUGCUGGACUACGUGUGGGGGAAACAACAGAAGAUGCUGCAGCGACAACAGUCGCAGAACAACUCCAAGCAGCCAAUCACGUCACAGCAUGCUCCGCUGUACAACGGAUACUCCUCCCAAAAGCAGCUCGGAGCCCCGCCCACCUACCGCAGUCACCUGGACGACCAGCGCCGUGUCAAAGUGACACGGACCAAAUCCUGCGGUCCAUUCCUUCCCGUUCAGCAGAGCUCCAGCACCCAGAAUCCUCCUCUCUCCGCCAUCCAGCCCGACCCGCACCCUCACCUGCUGCCUCCGGGGCCGCCGCCGCACCUCCCCCCGAUGCAGGACGGACAGCUGGAGGAAGCUACCAGGAACCUCCACAAGGCCCUGGCCCUGGAGGGUUUGAGGGACUGGUACCUGCGGAACACAGUAGGCUCCACCCACCCGGGUCAGGCCAGCGGAAAGGUCAGCACAGGCAAUACUGCGAAAGGCAGUGGAGAGGCCAAAGGUCACGCUGGUGGGGGAGGAGCUCUGCAGCGCCGACGGACGACUCACGGCGCCUUUCAGCAGUCAAACUUUCAGGCGGAGGUGAAGCAUCACCAUGCUCCGCCUCCUUGGAAGCAGACGGCGCUGCCACACUCGGCCACGUUCCAUGGACACCCGCUUCACGGCAGGUCUGUGGACAGCGCCCUCUACCAUGACAUCUUCCCGCCUCAGAAACCGGAUGCGCCUGUGGACCAGCCGUGUCCCGGUACCCUGGUCUGACUCACUCACCGUUCAGGGAACUUUGGCUGGUUGAUGGAUCCGAGGCUGGCUUCCUGGGAUCACUGCCGACUAACGAAAACGGAAAACUGAACCAAGCAUCCUGGGAACCAAAGGCUGGUUAAGAGUUGAUCCUGAUCCAUGUAGGACUUUUAUAUUUGGAUGUCCAGAUGCCUGUUACCACCAGGGAUGCUGCUCAGUAUUAAUAUAACUUUCGGAAUGACGCCACCAUGGUUCAGAUUAUGACCAGCUCACAGUCUUCAGGUUGCACGUAGACCAGCAGACAAGAUUUGCUCAAGGUCAUGCAAGACACAUGAACAUCAAUGUCUCCUCAGCAAAGUCCUACAAACCUCACUUAUUGUUUCCAGUUGAAUCCUCGCCCACCGUGACCACCGUGCCCACCCACUCAGAUAACAGACUCAACACAACUGGCAGAUUUAUUAUGAGAACCAACCUCACCACAUGGUGGCGCUGUUGCAUACAAACGUCUGUUUUUGGAGAACAAAUUAAAUUGAAUGUAGCUUCAAGCAGAUCUUCAGACUUCGGUGGUCCAGUCGGCAGCAGACUCGCCAUCUAGUGCCAGUCUUCAACGCCACCUCAGGUGUGGAUUUUUUUUUCUUGCUUCUUUGUUGCCAACAUCUAAAUGUCUUCUCAUCAGCAUCUGAUUGGUCAGACUUCCCGCUUCCAAACAAACUCUGAGUUAGCAGCUCCGGCGUGGCGGCACCAGGCAGUGUUCACACGAAGAAUUUACAACACAAAUUUAUAGCAUUUGGUGCUUUCGUUUCUUCUUGGUGAUUAAGCAGCAGCAGCAAAAAAAAUAUAUAUAUAUAUAUAAUUUUUUUUGCUGCUACCAUUUUUUUGCUCAGGGUUGAUUUGGCACAAGUUUUACACUGGGCCCUUCCUGACACACCUCCAGAUGUGCAGGGAGAUUGUGGGAAGGCUGAGCUUUGAAACCUGGACAGUGCUACCACAGCACCGCCAAGCUAUCAGUGCUACUAUGUGGUGAUGGCAUGCUAUCAGUGCUACCGCAGUGCUACCAAGCUGUCAGCGACACCAAGGUAUCAGUGCUACCAUGUGGUGAUGACAUGCUAUCAGUGCAGUGCUACCAAGCUAUCAGCACUACCAUGUGAUGACGGCAUGCCAUCAGUGCUACCGCAGUGCUACCAGGCUGUCAGCGCCACCAAGCUAUCAGUGCUACCAUGUGGUGACGCCAUGCCAUCAGUGCUACUGCAGCACUACCAAGCUGUCAGCACUACCAUGUGGUGCCAGCAUGCUAUCAGUGCUACCGCAGUGCUACCAAGCUGUCAGUGCCACCAGGCUAUCAGCACUACCAUGUGGUGAUGGCAUGCUAUCAGUGCAGUGCUACCAAGCUAUCAGCGCUACCAUGUGGUGAUGGCAUGCCAUCAGUGCUACUGCAGUGCUACCAAGCUGUCAGCGCCACCAAGCUAUCAGUGCUACCAUGUGGCGACGGCAUGCAGUGAGUGCUACCACAGCGCCACCAAGCCAUCAGCGCUACCAUGUGGCGAUGGCAUGCCAUAAGUGCUACUGCAGAGUCACCACACUGUGAGCAUUACCGCAGCACUGCCAAGCUGUCAGUGUUAUUGCAGCGCCACCACACUGUCAGUGGUGCUACAGCACCACAUAGCUGUGUUGUGUGCAUAUUUUGUCUUGCAACUGCACAUAAUUUAUGCAUCUUGCACUGAUUACACUGAACUAAUUUUUGGGCCGAUAUUAAUAUUGUUUGUGUGACUGCCCCUGCAGGUUCUGGUUUUUACCAAAGAGUACAGUAAAGAGAGACAGAGGAAAAAAAGAUAUUUGGACGGAUUGGACUGAGACCAUAAACCUGAACAGUCCUGUGUUCAGGUGUUGUGAUUUCUGGACAUGUCCCUCAUGGUGCUCGUGUCCUCUGUGAGGACAGACCUGUUUUGACCUGAGCUCAGACCCGAGACUCGACUCGCCGUGGCUCAGAGGCGCUCGUUGCUAUGAAGUUUGCUGUCGCCUUGAUGACCAGGAUUUGCCCAUAAAACCUGUCCGUGGCACAAAACAGGUUUUAAAUGCAGUACAUUUGGGACAGUUUGGAUUCUUUUGGACAUAUUAUGGGCAAAAAAAGAAAAAAACAUCAAUGCUUUUUAUACGUAUUAAUAAGUUUCAUCAAAUUAAUGUAUAUAAAAAAAACUGGAGACGUUUGUCUGGUGUCAUAAAAGUGUCACUGCCCGCCGUGUGGGCGGAGUCACAUCAGGUGAUAAAGGUUGCCAUGGUUACUCAGAUAUGUAUCAGGCUGUUUCUGCUGGACUGCGGUUCCUGUCCCCAGUUAGAUUUAAGACUUACCGCUGUGAGGAACAAAAACAAACCACUGGUGCAGAAAUCAGGAUUUUGUAUGGACAGAAGACGCUUUCUGCACCACACCAAAACCUUUUUAUUUACAACUUUUCUACUGUUGUUUUUUUAAAUGUAAAUUUUCUAAGAUGUCUUUGUCAUUAAUUGUUCUUUGUGCUUGGACAAUCAGGGCAAAUGUUUGAAAUGCAAAUUUAGCGCUUUUUAAAACGCUAAAGCGGUUCGACGAUGGCGGUGUUGUUGCACUCUGGUAAAUGAUAAUCAGAGCACAGCGGUUAAAACGUGCUCACCGAUCACCAGCUCAGUCCGACCGACCAGCAGGAGUGAAACACUGAAUGAUUCUUCUCCACUUUUCUUAAAAGUUAAAGUGGUUCCAUCAGGUGGAACUUUGAGCCAAACCAACCCUCAGGUCUGAAUCCCAGGAAAAAAAAAAAACAAAACCUGCUGCACUCUGCUUUCGGGGUCGUUGGACUUAAAAUUUGUUGUCUCAGCCGCCAAAAACACUAGUUUGUUCUUUACCAAACUAACAAGUUAACAUGUUACAACAAAAAGAGGCUUUUCAUCCCUUUUUACAUUUUUUCCCCUCCUAUCGAGGAAGCAUCGCCCUCCUUCAUUUGGCAACUUUGAAAACCAACAAAUCUUUUGCUUUCCUUCUUUCC